AAGCUGGCUCUCACAGCCCAUCCUCCAGCACCCGCGGGCUGGACUCGCUGGCCCCAGCCAAGCGGCGGCGACUAUGUCGUGUUGGACGCCAGCAUGAUGCCGUACGACUCGCGGCCCGUGACCUCGCCGCCUGUACAACGGCCGGGCCUGGCUCCGCACUUCUUCACGAGCCCCUCUUUCACUGCUGCUACCAUGGCCAGCGUCCCUGCACCCCAGUAUCAGACCCACGGUCCAUACGGGGGAUACACGUCGUACAGCUCGUCUUCUGCCUUGGGCUCGCCCUUCAAGCAUCACCAUUAUCCGGAGCGACCGCAACUGCGCAUCAUGUCGUCGAAACUCAGCACAGGCCGAGAGCCGCGUUAUUCGCGUGAGGAUCGGUCCUCUGUUGAGGGCAGCCUGAGCCCGUCCAUCAAGAGCGAGAGCCAGAUGUCCGCGGCAAAUUCGACAACAUCGAAUCCUCCGUCGCUUGUCCGGUCCGUGGAAGACGUUUCUACCACUCCCAGUAGCCAGAUCAUCUUCAACACUCCCCUGGAUGCGCUCAUGAAGACGAUCCAAUCCAAAGGCGAGACUGAAGCAGGCGUGAACGAAGCACAGCCUAGUGUCGAGCAGAGGCUGCCGCAAAUCCAAGCGUUUGAUGAGAAGUCGAACCAAAAACGAUUUCACUGCAACAUUCCUGGGUGUGGCAAGAGCUUCUACCAAAAAACUCAUUUGGAUAUCCACAUUCGAGCCCAUACUGGAGAGAGGCCCUAUACUUGCGAGGUGCCAAAUUGUGGGGAGAGGUUCUCUCAGCUCGGUAAUCUCAAGACACAUGAACGUCGUCACACAGGGGCUAGGCCGUACUCUUGUGAAAUGUGUGGGAAACGCUUUGCGCAGCGCGGAAACGUUCGAGCGCACAUGAAAACCCAUGACAAGACAAAGCCAUAUGUCUGCCGUCUAGACAAUUGUAACAAGGCCUUCACCCAACUUGGGAAUCUCAAGUCGCACCAAAACAAGUUCCAUAUCAACACUGUCACGGCUCUCACCAACAAGUUUGCUGCCUUGACAGACUACGACACAGUCUCCCAGGCCGACAGGGACUUGUGGGAGUACUUUGCCAACUUGUACAAAAACAGCAACAAGGGAAUCAAGGGUCGUGGAAAGCAUCGUAAAGUCGAACCUGUUGCACAGCUCUCGCCUGUCCCUCCGACCCCUGGCUACCCCUCCCAUUCCCAGACUCCGCUCUUGUCCUCCUGCCACAGUUUACCGAAUGUCCUUCAUACGCCGCACUCAGUUCACCAAUCGCUCCCAUUUCAGGGCCUAAGCCACCCUGCCGCUUACAGCAUGAGCCGGCCAAAUCUGCUGCUCAAUCCCAGUGCCCGCGAGGCACAGAACGGCUACGAGAUGAUCGAUGCCGAGAAUGCCAGCGUGUCUAGCAGCGGCCAUGGCCCAUCCACCCACGGACCCGUCUACGACGAAGAUCAUGGGCGGGAACUGGCAUUCGGGGACCGAAUCUACUAAAAAAAUACCUUUGUUCGCAUCUUCUAUCCACAUCCUGCCACCUCUCUCGGCUCGGCAGACUAAUGACUUUGUUUAUUUCACGAAUCUUACGGCAAGAUAUGAUGAAGUAAAGCCCUCUAGGGUUUGAUAGCCAAAACGGCGGCUGUUCUGCUAUUACUGUCCGCGAUACAACCUGGGCAGGUUGUCUGAAAGUAUUCAUUGUUUUCGUUUUGUUUUAAUUAUCUUGGUUUCUGUUUCCCCUCUUAUUUUGUCGUUUCGAUGAGUCUGUUUUUGUGUCCAUUGUCUCCGGGUCAAUAUCUUC